GGGCGGGAUGGCCUUUGUGUCCCGCCCCCAGAAGCAGCAAUCCAGAGUGCCUUCCUCCCGGCCUGGCUGCUGCAAUUCCGUGCCGCUGCGGCGAGUGUGACGUGCAGCGGCUCAGCUAGCUAUGGAGGCCGAGGGGCUUCUGCGCGGGCUCGCGGGCAACUGUCCGGUGGCGAGGGGGCGGGGGAGUCGGCGGUGGCGGUUACGGCCAGUAUCUCAAUCCGUGGCCUUUUGGUCGUUCUUGAUUCUGAUGGCGGCGACAUACAGUGAGGAGGCUGGAACAGCAGCCGAAGAGCAGGCGACCCGGGGCUGGGGCGACGAAAAGUGCCAUUAUUACGCGGGGGGCGAGGUGUAUCCUGGAGAGGCAUUGCGGAUGCCCAUCACUGACCACUCCCUCCACCUCAGCAAGGCCAAGAUUUCUAAACCAGCACCUGAUUGGGAAGGAACUGCAGUUAUCAGUGGAGAGUUUAAAGAACUGAAAUUAUCAGAUUAUGAAGGAAAAUACCUUGUAUUCUUCUUUUAUCCUCUUGACUUCACAUUUGUGUGCCCAACAGAGAUACUUGCCUUCAGUGACAGAAUUGAACAAUUCAGAGCAAUAAACACUGAAGUGGUAGCUUGUUCAGUUGACUCACAGUUCACUCAUUUAGCAUGGAUCAAUACUCCACGAAAAAAAGGAGGUCUUGGACCAAUAAAGAUACCACUCCUUUCAGAUUUGACACACCAAAUUGCAAAGGAUUAUGGAGUUUAUCUGGAAGAUCAAGGCCAUGCUCUCAGAGGCCUUUUUAUUAUAGAUGACAAAAAAUAUCUUCGACAGAUAACAAUGAAUGACCUACCUGUUGGCAGAUCUGUGGAUGAAACUUUACGUCUAGUCCAAGCAUUCCAGUAUACUGACAAACAUGGAGAAGUAUGCCCUGCUGGAUGGAAACCUGGCAGUGAAACAAUAAUUCCAGAUCCUGCAGGAAAACUGAAGUAUUUCGGGAAAUUUAACUAACAGUUUAUUCUAAAUACACAACUAAGAAGCUGCCAAUAAAGUUCAAUUGAUUUUGA